UUUAAUAAUUAAUAUUUUGAUAAAUAAUUAUGAACAUAAUUUUUCAAAUGUUGUGUUGUACUUAAUUAUUAUAGAAAUUCGCUAGACAAAAACCGGUGUGAAAAAUAAUGAACCGGGAUGUUCACCGAACCGACAGGUGUCCAACAGAGGAACACACCAGAUAUCUACCAGAUUUUCGUCGUUUCCGAGUUUUCGGUACGAGUGUAUCGUCCCCACCACGGGCAGUCUAAUCUGUCGUUUCGCGCCCAUUUGCCUUGUCCCCGUUGCCGACCGUUGAUAAUAACAAACAUUUUAAACAACACGGUCUGCGCCUAUCCAACCAUUCCAACCACACUUUGUGCAUCAUUCCACAGAAAAAGCAGACAUUAUAAUAUAAAAAUAUAAAAUAUUACUGUUUUUUCCGUCUUUGGUUUAUCGUCCGCAUCGUGCCCAUCGCACUCCGAAAAGAAGUUUUUAAAGAGAUCAAACUCAACUUUCGAUCCAAUCAAUCACCGUUAAUAUAAUAUUGGUUUAAUACAAAAUGGCUAUGGCGUCGACUUCACAUGUUGAAGAAGCCGUGGUUGAAGAUCAUGAAGAAGAUGAUGGACCAUUACUAAUUGCAAAACUUGAAGGUCAAGGAAUUACUAGUGGAGAUAUUAAAAAACUUCAAGAAGCUGGAUACCACACUAUAGAAUCUAUUGCUUUUGCGACAAAAAAACAUCUCAUUACUAUUAAGGGCAUAAGUGAAGCAAAGGCUGAUAAAAUAUUGGCUGAAGCAUCAAAAAUGGUCCCACUCGGUUUUACUUCUGCUACAAUAUUUCAUCUAAAGAGAUCUGAAAUUAUUCAAUUGACCACUGGUUCAAAAGAAUUAGACCGUUUAUUAGGUGGUGGCAUUGAGACUGGUUCAAUCACAGAAAUAUUUGGAGAGUUCAGAACUGGUAAAACACAACUGUGCCAUACUUUGGCUGUAACUUGUCAGCUACCUAUUGGUCAAAAUGGAGGAGAAGGAAAAUGCCUCUAUAUUGACACUGAAGGUACAUUCCGGCCAGAACGAUUGCUUUCAGUAGCUGAAAGAUAUCAGUUGGUAGGAAGUGAUGUACUUGAUAAUAUUGCUUGUGCCAGAGCAUAUAACACAGAUCAUCAAACACAAUUAUUAUUGCAAGCUGGAGCUAUGAUGGCUGAAUCUAGGUAUGCAUUAUUGAUUGUGGAUAGUGCCAUGGCUUUAUAUAGAACUGAUUAUUCUGGUAGAGGUGAAUUAUCUGCUAGACAGAAUCAUUUGGCCAGAUUUCUCAGAAUGUUAUUACGUCUUGCAGAUGAGUUUGGGGUUGCUGUAGUAAUAACUAAUCAAGUAGUUGCUCAAGUGGAUGGUGCUUCUAUGUUUGCGGCAGAUCCAAAAAAACCGGUUGGUGGAAAUAUAAUGGCUCAUGCGUCUACUACUAGAUUGUACUUGCGUAAAGGCAGAGGUGAAACAAGAAUUUGCAAGAUAUAUGAUUCUCCUUGUUUACCGGAGUCUGAAGCAAUGUUUGCUAUUAAUGCUGAUGGAAUUGGAGACGCAAAAGAGUAACAAAAAUAAUUUUCUUUAUCAAAUUCAUUCAUAAGAAUACCACUAUUUAAAAAUGUUCAGUUAAAACAAUUAUUUUUAUUGUAGAUUAAAAUUUGUUAAAAAAAAAUUUUUUUUUGACAUUUGCUAAGCUAAAUAAUACAAUUGUAUUAAUUUUUUUUUAAUUAACCUUAUGUUGACAUGUUAUUUUGUAGAAUUAUCUUUUAUAUUAAAUAUAAUUUAUCAUACAUUUUUGUAAUAUUAUAAUAGUGUUAUUUUUUUUCAGUAAAAUUAGUUUUUGAAUCCAAUUGUUGUAUUACCUUGUGUAUAUCUAUUGUAAAUAUUUUAUAAUUAUUAAUAUUGUAUUUCAUCAAUAUAAAAAUUAUAUAUUAAAAAUAUUGAUCUGAUU